CACGACCUGCCAUCGCACCGCUGCCACGACCUGCCAUCGCACCGCUGCCACGACCACAGAGAAAAGAUGACGCGAGCUCUGAUGCUUCUGAUCGCCGCCGCCGCUGUCUCGUCCGCGGCAGGUGCAUCUCCUUGUAGAGAUGCUGUGAAUGCGGGAUACCUCGGCGUUACGCAUAGCGUGGGCUCCAAUAAUUGCUAUCUGCAGUACAAAACGGACUGGGACAAGUUUUCUUCAAUUUCAAAAUGCUCCAACUUUACAAGUGUGACUGGGUACGAUGCAGCAACGUGUGAUCCGCUUGUGUUCAAUUUCUCCAAGUGCUCAUUGCAAGCACUCAAGCUCCUGAAACCCGGCAACACAUUGGACGAUGCGGCUUUCCAGACACUUGCGCUGAAUAACCAAUGCAGCACUGAUCCCAACUUCGCAAAGGCUUACCCGAAGUGCAAAAGCUCCACCAUGAAAUAUUUGAACUUUCUCCGGCUCUUCGUGUGCCUCAAGGCUGCCGUUCCCUAAUCCGCUCACCCAAUGGAGGGAAAUCUACUGACACGGAACAAGACUGGAUGAACUCGCUCGCACUCUUCGUGCAAGGGAUUUUCAUAUUCCUAUAUUAUAUUCAUGGUGUUUCCUCAAUAAUGUAAUUUUUCCUGAGAAAAGCUAUGAGAACAUCAUCAAUGCAUAAUAUUUCGGUGAAAUAAUGUUAUUUGCACUGCUCUAUUUAAAGCGCCAAUUUAGAAUGGUGCAGAGAAUGUUGACAAUAUCACUAAUAGAAUGGUGCACCUUGUUGACAAUAUCAGUAAUAGAUUAGAUGAUUGUAAUAUUUGUGAUGAACUAAGAUCAGUAAUCGACGUUACCAGUUGCAUCACCUCCUAAGUACGGAUAGGUCCUACUGUCACGCUAGCCAGAUCGAAGUCCGGAUAGUUGUUGUACAGUCGCUCCAAUUGUCUAUUCAUGGAAUACUUAGGAUGAAGUGGGAUAUUAAAUGAAGGCAAUAUAUUUACAACACGUGUAAUUAAUAAAUAGUUAAAAUGGUUUGUGAACAAAUUACAGUCUUUGACAUUGGAAUGCGAGAAAGCUAAAGCAGUGAAUGAGAACACUUGCUGGACAAUAAAUCAGAAAACCCCUUUAAGUACCCAUCCCUAAAAAAGUUUUGUCAACAAUCUAAAAAACUAUAUGAUUCUCUUAUUAACGCAUGACACAACCCACCCUCAAGCCUCAAAUUAGGUACUCAGUGCGCCGGUUAGGUCCUAGCAAAUUUUACUGACAGCUAGCCAAAUGUGGACGCAUGCCGAAGGCCAGCUUCACACCUUACUCACAUAUCUUUGCGUGUGUGAGCUCACUAUAGAGCAGAGGUCUCCAAACUACGGCCCGCGGGCCGGAUCCGGCCCGCGGCUAUAGGUUCCAUCCGGCCCGCCCAGGAUAUCUCGUAUUUCAACAUAAUGUGUACAAAAAUCGAGCGUGGCAUUUAUUUCUGGUUACUCAUGAACUAAAAACAGUAAAUGGGCGUGACUGGUGUCUGUGGUUAGGUGUUGUCACGAUUCUUUGAACUCCGAGCAGAAAUCGAAAUUUUCCUGAAGGAAAAGAAUCGACCCCAGCCGCUACUCACACACGACGAAUGGCUUUGAAAAUUAUCUUUUCCUGUGGAUCUGACCACACACAUGAAUGAGUUUAAUCUUAGGUUGCAAGACAAAACAGCGCACAUUUGCGACAUGUUUCCCCAAGUGAAUGAGUUUCGACACAAGCUGUUUUUGUUUGAGACCCAGUUGAUGAGGAACUGUUUCACGCACUUUCCAUGUUGUGAAAAGUUUGAGCGAGAAACUUAAGUAUAUAAGAGCCGUGCAUAUCACCCCAAUAAAUGAUUAGGCUCUAAGAUUAAGCAACGACUAAGCGACGAAAGAUUGUGUUCAGUUGCUCCGUAACACGUAAGUUCAGAAUGAAAUAUUUAUUCGUGCGAUAAUUUUGACUACCACAUUUAUUCGUAAUUUGUGCAACUCCCCCCUCCGCCCAUGAACUUCUCCGGCCCGUGAAGGUUUCAGAAAGCUUGCUAAUGGCCCUUGGUGAAAAAAGUUUGGAGACCCCUGCUAUAUAGAGCAUAGCAGCCUACCCAGCAGGCAUCUAACGUUGAAACAACGUUAAAACGACGAAUAUAUCAUCUGAAUUUCAGAAUGAAAUGUUGAUCAAUCAAAAUUAGGCCUUGAAUCAAUAUCGCAAUGUGACCAACACUCGAAGAGACGUAAUACAACUUAAUUUCAACGUUGAAGCAACGUCGAUCUUGGUACGUUGAAGAUUGAUCUAUUUUCCAGCGUUGAACCAACGUUGUCACACCACAAUUUAUUGAUAUAUUCAUGGAUAUGUGAAUAUUUUUCUCAGCCUAUAUGUUCAAACGUUUCUUGAGUAACAUAUUUUUCUACUUAUAAUUUUUAUGCCAAGUUUAUGUAAAAAGAACUAAAUUAAAUUUUUACCUUGGAACCUUGAUUAUCGAAUUGCAAAUCUCAUUUAUGCCCUAAUAAAUUAAUGGGCUUACAUGCUUUCAAGAUCAACACAUUAAAAAAGGAGGAUACAUCAAUUUCAGAAUUUAUUAAAUUAU